AUUUUUUGUCACAGUUGGUUAACGAUAGCGAAAUAUCAUGACGGAUAGUGAUAAGAAACCUAUGUCACGUUUAUUGAAACUUGCUAACAAAUUUAAUUGCUUCUACCUGUCAGGUUUUCAUGCAGGGGAAUGCAGAGCAUUUGUUGUUGAUGGUCAACAAGUUGGCCUUGUACGUCCAGAUGUAAUGAAAGAAUUAUUAAAUUAUCCACAGGUAUUUCAAGUGCAUCCUGAAUAUGUACAACUAAAUCCAGCAUUCAGAGACUAUGCAGAAAGAAGUGCUCGAGUUGAAGAAGUUUUAAAAGAAUGGCGUGCAGGUGGAAAAUUCAUAACAUUAAGAGGAUGGAGAGAAGAAUGUUAUGACGUACGGGCAGAAUUCAAUACUCCACCAUUAUUUAAAAUGGAUCGAUCUGCUACAUGCUUAUUUGGGAUUCGUAAAUAUGGAGUAGAUAUUAAUGGAUAUGUUAUGGAUCCUGUAAAAGGUUUAUCAAUAUGGUUACAAAAACGUAGCCCAAAUAAGCAAACUUGGCCUGGAUAUUGGGAUAAUAUGGUGAGCGGUGGAUUGAGUGUGGGAUUUGGUAUUAAUGAAACUGCUAUAAAAGAAGCUGGAGAAGAAGCCAGUAUUCCGAAUAAUCUUAUUGCAAAAUUAAAAAGUGUUGGUUGUGUAUCUCUGUUUUUUGAAAGUGAAAGGGGUCUGUUUCCCAAUACAGAGUUUGUAUAUGACCUUGAACUGCCACCAGAUUUUGUACCAAGUAACAAUGAUGGAGAGGUUGAGAAUUUUGAAUUGCUUCCAGUUAAUGAAUGUAUAGAAAGGAUACUCUCUUCGCAUUUUAAAACAACAUCAGUUCCAGUUGCUCUUGACUUUUUAAUUAGACAUGGAUAUAUCACAGCAGAAAAUGAGCCUAAUUUUAUUGAAAUCGUGGAAUUGCUUCAUAUACCUCUGCAGACCAUUUACAAUCAUCCACAAAAAAAAUGUAAAUUAGCUGCAAAUGGUGAGGCAAUCGAUUCUUUAAACAGAAUUUAAGUUUAACUAGUCUUUAAUUUAAAUUGCGUUAAAAAAUUAAUUGAAUGAAAUGAAAAGUUAGCUUUCUUUUGUGAUUUUCUGUAUUUUUUGUAUUUGAUCAAUUCUUCGCAGAUUUUAUAGUAAGGAAAAAGAGAAAAAAUAAUGCAAUUUUAUAUACAUAAGGCUUGCAAAAUAUUUAUAAAUCAUUAAAUAAUAGUUCAAAUAUUCCAAAAAUCGAUUUACAAGAUUUUUAUGACAUUUAAAUUAACUCUUAUUUCCAUGCAUAUUAGAAAAGAAAAAAAAAAAAAAAAAAGAAAAAAAUACGUAAUUUCAAUAGCUAUAUACUGAUUGUAACAUUUUUACUCAUAGAUAUAAUUCUUUUUGUUAUGAUUCUAGUAGUUUUUAUAUAUUAUAAUGAUGAAAGUAUCGGUAAAUACGAUUUUUUGAUGAUUCUUAUAGGAAGAAUAUUUCGGAAAAUAAACAUAGAUAUUAUUAACUUAGCAAGAAUUUCAUAGGAAAGAUAUAUUUUAAUUUGUUGACUGCGAAUUUAUUGACGUUUAAUAACUUUGUAAAAUUGGCACAAUAUAUAGAUAUAAUUUAAGAACUAAUUUUUAACAUCGUUAUAUAAAAAAAAAAAAAAAAUCACGUUACAUCUUCCUCUAAUUUUUACUAAUCAUCGAACUGAAUUUUUGCACAAUAAUGAAAAGAGAAGUUUUCGCCCAUGUAUGAUAUCUAAACUUGUGACGAUUUUUGAUAUACAUCGAUGUCAAAUUAGAAGUAUUAUUCAUACAGCAUUCCAGAGCAUAGUUUAAGACUUCAGUUUCUAAGCGACAUGGAUAAAAAAACGAAAGAAUAACAAUAGUUUUUUCUAACGUUUGUAAUCGAACUUUUGUACUAAACUUGUACACCUAAUAACAACAACAAAAGUGCAUAGAAUGCCAAUGCAGUAAUAUCGUAAUAUUCUGCGUAGAAUUAAGACAGAAUUCAUUCACAGUAUUAUGGACGUGAAUGCACAGUAUACUGUUUGAUAUGUUUAAAGUAAGGAAUUAAUGAAAAAAGAAAAAAAAAAAAACAAAAAACAAAAAACAAAAAAAAAACAAACAAAUUUAUAGAUGAAUUAUGUCAACGUAUGUGUUCUUAUAUUCCAACUAUGCUACCAACGAAAAAUGCUUUAGAUCUAGCAUUUUAUCUUGAACGACUUUUUUGAGAAGGGGAACAAAAGUGUUCGUAUAUUGUUUAUUGUAUGUAAUACGUAGGUAGAUUUUUUAAUUGAAAACGAUUGGUACUAAGGUUCUGAUCAAGUGAUAUCAUUAGAUUUUGAAGAAUAGUAAUUGUAUAAAUGGCAAACGCAAAUUUAAAGCAUCGCAUUUUUUGUAUCAAUGUUAUGGAUUAAUAUUUAUUGCUCAUUUUACUUAUUUGAAGAUUGUGGUUUAAUUUAUGUAUUCAUUGUUCUGUUCAUCUAAUGCACAGAACUUAUUUUUAUUUUCUUUAAAAGUCAACUAACAAUUAAAUAUUUUUGUAAGAUAUUUUAUUUAAAUGAUGCUUCGUACUAUUUGCAUUGCGUAUGCCCUUAAGUUAAGAAAUUUUUUGAUACUGAACUAGUUUCUACGAGAUGAAAAGUCAUUAGGUGUGUUGAAUUCUAGAUAUAAAUUGUUGUUAAGAAUUCAACAUUACAAUCAUUAUAAUUGUGUUUUUAAGAAACUUUUCUACUAAGACUAAAAUAUCUGUAUCGUGACGUAUUAUGUUAAUAUAUUUGCUUUCUUUCAUUGCUUUUAUUUUUUCGUCUAUUUUGCUAGAUGAGACAUAGUUGAAAUAUCCGUACAGCUUAAUCUAACUUUAUUUAAUCUUCAUUUGUACUAACCUCUGAUACGUUUAAUUAAGUAAAUUCGCUAUUUUUAUAAUUAUAUACUAGUCAUUCUUAUCAUUGCUUUAUAAUUUCUUAACAAUCUGGUCAUAAAAUUGUAGUAUCUAUGAUUAUGUUUGUUUUUAAGUGAAACUAACAUUUUUGUGAUAGAAAUGAGUACGGCUGGCCAUACUAUUUAAUGCAUGAAUUAAUAUUUGUCAAUGAAUAAAUUUAAUUAAAUUUAAAAA